AUGAAGUCGUCGCGUACAGCAGACUACGACCUAUUCAAGGCCUCACCAUACCCAAGCUCUACGGCACGAUUCAACAUCGGAGGGUCUAGCCUCUCAACGCCUGAUGGCGCCGUCCUGGAUGAGCAAGAUAUCGAGCCCCUGUUACAUCAAGCCUUGAUUUCACUCAAUGAAUAUGGCGUUUGCCACGUCGAUACGAAACUCGACAACUUCCAUCUUGUGGCUGAUGAGGGAAAGGAUAAAAUCAUGAUCGUCGACUUGGAAUCCGCAGACUUUGAUCAAACUGAAGAAGAGCUUGCAUAUACGGCGAAGAACAAAACGAAAUCGCUGCUUCGUCAAUAUCGGAAUCAUUUAAAAUGUUUGGAACAUGAUGGUGUGCUAUUACCAAGACGGCCGGUUCGAAGAUGAGAAAAUGUCUAUCCCUGGUAGGGGAAAGAAUCCACUUCUCGAUCAGCCCAGUAUAUAUGACAACAGUUUCAAGCUCGUACAAAAUCUUGAUUAAGUGUGUGAAUUAUAGUAACCCUAUACAGCCAAUGGCAUUCUUCAGCCGCACGUAUACAAUCUUUAGGUGCCUAUCAAUCCGAA